CCAUCGUUUCACAUCUUUCCGCUUUUGUUUUACAACAUAAACAUUCCCCCCUUUUUUUUGUCUUUUUAUUGUUUUAAAUGAGUUGCAGAGAAAACAGUGACGAUGACAGCUCCAGUAAACGCAAAGUGUGUUACGUUUAUAGUCCGGAAUAUAUCGAAAGAUGCGAUAGUUUAUCCAAAGUACCAAACCGGGCGAGUAUGGUCCACUCCCUGAUAGAGGCGUAUGGUCUGCUGCAACACAUGAGUAUUGUGAAACCUCGAGUGGCGACAACAGAAGAAAUGGCAAAGUUCCACAGUGACUCGUACUUAGAACAUCUUCAUAAAAUCAGCGAAGACGGAGACAAUGAUGACCCCCAGUCUGUAGACUUCGGACUGGGAUACGACUGCCCCAUUGUGGAGGGCAUCUAUGACUAUGCCGCAGCAGUAGGGGGCGCCUCCAUCACCGCGGCUCAGGCGCUGCUUGACGGGAAGUGUGACGUGGCCAUUAAUUGGGCUGGGGGCUGGCACCAUGCAAAGAAGGAUGAAGCUUCUGGUUUCUGUUAUGUGAACGAUGCAGUUUUAGGAAUCCUCAAACUGAGAGAGAAAUACGAGCGUGUGCUUUAUGUGGACGUGGACUUACACCAUGGAGAUGGUGUGGAAGACGCCUUUAGCUUCACAUCCAAAGUCAUGACCGUUUCUCUACACAAGUUUUCACCUGGAUUCUUCCCUGGGACAGGAGAUGUGAGUGAUACAGGUCUGGGUAAAGGCCGAUGGUACGCCGUCAAUGUCCCAAUGGAGGACGGUAUCCAAGACGACCGCUACUACCAAGUCUUCACCAGUGUCCUGCAGGAGGUGUGGUCGACCUUUAACCCCGAGGCCGUGGUGAUGCAGCUGGGGGCAGACACGAUGGCGGGGGACCCCAUGUGCUCCUUUAACAUGACCCCAGUGGGCGUGUCCAAGUGCCUGCUGUACGUGCUGCAGUGGAGGCUCCCCACCCUGCUGCUGGGAGGAGGGGGGUAUAACCUGGCCAAUACGGCACGCUGUUGGACGUUCCUCACGGCUGCAGUUUUGGGAAAGACUCUCCCAUCUGAGAUCCCAGACCACGAGUUCUUCACAGAGUAUGGGCCUGACUACUCGCUGGAGAUCAGUCCAAGCUGUAGACCGGACCGCAACGACUCCAAACAUCUGGAUCACGUCAUCUCCACCAUCAAAGGGAAUCUGAAGAAUGUGGUGUAGGACUCAACUCCUUGUUCCUGUAGUCUGCUCUACGGUCUGUUCUCUGGUCUAGACUCUGUUCUCUGGUCUAGACUCUGGACUCUGGACUCUGGACUCUGGACUCUGGACUCUGGACUCUGGACUCUGGACUCUGGACUCUGGACUCUGGACUCUGGACUCUGGACUGGACUCUGAUCCCCGAUCUCUGAUCCCUGGUCUCGUCUCUAGUUCAGUCUCAGGUCUCUCAUCUGGUCUCUGGUCCGGUCUCUGGUCCGGUCUCUGGUCCGGUCUCUGGUCCGGUCUCUGGUCCGUUCUCUAGUCCGGUCUCUGCUCUCUGGUUUGGUCCUAAUGAAGACCGCAUGGAGCCCUGAGGCACCAAGCAAACUCUGGGAUCAAACCUGGAAAACUGCGGAAAUGUAACAGUUUUUUUCCAACAUGUUUUAUAACGGGACAGAGGGGGGAGGGGCCUCGAGGAGUGACACUGUUACACUGAAAAAACAGGACAUAAAAUGACUUGAUUUUUGGUUUGGGUAAUAGUAGUUAAGAUUUAUUAAUCUAGUAAUUAACUUGGGCCAAACUAGGACUGAAACUUCUCUUGCAUCUUAAAAGGUCUUGUAUUACACAAAAUGGACCCUUGUGAGCUUUAGGUCAUGUAAUAAUGCUGUCACCUCAACAAAAACAUGCAUGGAGUUUUUCAUGUUUGAGUAAUCCUUCAUUAUUAGUCUGGCUACACCUUCAAAGCUCAAAUGCUCUGCUCCACCUUGUGAUGUCAUACAGUUGUAGCUGUAGUAACUAUGAAGUAAGAACUAAACCAGAGCCCAACCAGGAUAAAACUGCAAUAGCUUUCUAAUCCCUAAAAGGACCAAAAUACAUUAUAGAGAUCUAAACAUGGUCUAUAUGUGGUCUAAACUAGGACUAAACCAUGUCCAAACCCAGAACUAAACCAACACUAAACAAGGUCUAAACGUGGUCUAAACUAGGACUAAACCAGAACUAAACAAAGACAAUACAAAGACCGCAGACUUGUUUUGGUCCCAGGAGGAGAUCUAAGCACCAAGCAAACACUGGGUUCUUGUCCAAAGUUUAACCUGCAGAAUCCUGCUCAGAUUUGUGGACUGAGCACAAAUGAAACAUCUGGACAGAAUUUGGAGAUUUUCCCUGAAAUGGAGUAAAUACUGAACUAAGUAAUGUUAUAUGGCAUAAGGAGCAGGACUAGAACAGGACUAGAACAGGACUGAACAAGGGCUGAAUCAGGACUAAACCAGGACUAAACCAGGACUAAACCAGGACUACAACAGGCCUGAACCAGGACUA